CAAGUCAACUUGUGUGUACAGGUACUUUUGAAGGUCUUUUUUUUUUCCUUCCUACUUGGUUGGUUAUUUUUUCUAAUGGUAUGGUGUCUCUCUCUCUCUCUUGCUGUUCUCUCUCAUGUUCGUGUGGUCUCUUCGUCUCUUUUUUUACUUGGUUGGUCUCUCAUUCUUUCCCUUUCCUUCAUCUGUCUCUCAUUGUCAUGGUGUUUUCUUUGAGAUCUCUUUUCUACGUGGUUGGUCUUUUUUUUUUUUGGUUUGUUCCUAUUUGGUUGGUCUCACCCAUGUUUGAUGGUCUCAUUCUGUUUUCUACUUGUUCUCUGUUUCUAUUAGUAUUAUUAUUAUUAUCAUUGUCAUCAUCAUCACUAGUAUUGUAUAUAUUGUUUAUAGUGUUACUAUUUAGUUACUCUUUUUUUUUCUCUUGUAAAAAAAAUACC